AUGGACGGCCUUGAUCCAGUCCUUGUUGGUGUACAUGUCCUUCCUCUUCGGCCCCAUCGUACUCGUCGAGACGGCGCCGUUGGCAGCCACGGCGGCGGAAGCUCCGGUGCUGUUGAUCAUGAAAUUGAGAUUCUCAGGAAGAUUGAGAUGUAUGUGAAAUUUGAUUUUAUUGUGGAAUUAUUUGAUCAACAACAUGGUGAUACCUUUAUUCCAGAUAGCAGGGUUGAAGUGGAUGAUGUAUUAGAUCAUACCAAUCAAUUUACAACUGAUAAGAUAUUCAAAAGUAAAGCUGAGUUGAUUGAAUGGACUCGUUCAGAAGGAACGAGAAACAAUUUUGUGAUUGUUAUCCGAAGGUCUGAUUCUGGAAAAAUUGGCAAUAAGAAGAAGAGACCUAAAAUAAGAUUUUGUUGUGAGAGGAAUGGUCAGUAUAAAGCAUAUAAGUCUUUGAAGUCUGAUAUAAAUACACAAGAAUCUGAUGAAGAUAGUCGAAAAGAAAAGCGUCCGAGGCUUACUGGUACAAAGAAAUGUGGAUGUCCAUUUUCAUUAAGAGGCAUCAAUAUUGAAAAUGGAGACGAAUGGAAGUUAGAGGUGGUUUGUGGAGUGCAUAAUCAUGCUGCUUCAGAAUACCUUCAUGGGCACUCAUUCGCAGGUCGAUUGUCAGAAAAAGAAAAUUCAUUGUUGAUGGAUAUGUCCACAAGUUUAAUGAGGCCUAAAGAGAUUUUGACAGCCAUCAAGAGAAGAAAUCCGAAGAAUGUGACAGCAAUGAAGACAAUAUAUAAUGCCAGACAACGGCAUAGGACAAAAAUUAGGGCUGGGAGAACACAAAUGCAGCAACUGCUAAGUAACUUGUUUGAGCACAAGUAUAUUGAGCAUCAUAGAAGUGAUGGUGAUAAAGUAAUGGAUUUGUUUUGGUGUCACCCUUACAACAUUGAGAUUUUACGUACAUUUCCACAUGUACUUAUCAUGGACUGCACUUACAAAACAAAUAGAUAUCGCUUUCCACUUCUGGAGAUUGUUGGGAUCACGUCCACUAACAAGACCUUCAACGUUGCAUUUGCUUACAUAUCAAAAGAGAAAGAAGACAACUAUACAUGGGCCUUAACUAGAUUGAAGACUCUUUUAGAUGACAAAUGUGCUCCAAGUAUGAUGGUUACAGAUCGAGAAUUGGCACUGAUGAAUUCUAUAAGUAAUGUAUUCCCGAAUACACGACACGUAUUAUGUUGUUGGCACAUCAACAAGCAAGUGUUAACUCAUUGCAAGAAAUUAUUCGCAACAAAAGAAGGAUGGGAUACAUUUAAUAAUGAUUGGCAGUCCGUGGUGAAUUCAAAUUCUGAAGAUGAGUACUCGAACAAUUUAAAAUUACUUGAAUCAAAAUUUAGCACAUUUUCUGGGGCCAUCAAUUAUUUGAAAACCACUUGGUUAAACAGCUAUAAAGACAGAUUUGUGGCUGCAUGGAUAGAUACUUGUAUGCAUCUUGGUACCACUACAUCAAACAGGGUGGAAAGUGCACAUUCAAAACUUAAGCGACAACUUGCUUCUAGCCAACUUGACUUCAGCACAUCAUGGGAUUAUAUUCACUCUUUGAUGGAGUUGCAUCACACUGAAAUUAAGGCAUCCUUUGAAAAAAGCCGAUGUUUCGUCCAACAUCAAUUUAAGCAUGCAUACUUGAAAGAAUUGAUCGGUAAUGUAUCUAUUACUGCUCUAAACAAAAUUGUACGUGAAUCACAUAGGGUUGAUGCAGUUGGAGUUAAUGUUGUAUCAUGUGGUUGUGCCAUUCGCCGCACGCACCAAUUACCAUGUGCACAUGAGAUUGCCGAAUAUCGAAAUUCCCAUCAGCCUAUCCCAAUUGAUGCUAUCCAUUCUCAUUGGAGACGGUUAAGUGUAGGUAAUUUUGUGGAGGAAAUUGAUCCCCAAGAAAAAGUUAUGGUAAGACCACGUUUGACACAAUUACAAAAAUGGCUGGAAGAACAAGAUGAUGAAACCAAGAGACAAGUUUCGCUGAAGAUUGACGAGCUUAUAAAUCCAAGUUGCACAAUGCUUCAAGAAUCAAAUGAGAAGAUUAAAACCAAAGGGCGUCCUUCUAAGAUUGACAGUAGCACUCGUCGUCUACCAUCUGCUUUUGAGAUUGCCGAGGCUUUUUCCGUACAUGGUAGUCAGUCACAAGUACCACUUGAAAAGGUUGUUCAUGCAUCUCCUAGUAUUGUGUUGCCUUCUACGAAAUCAAAUAAGCAUCCAGAGAAAAAUCAGCCUAUCUGCGUGACUCAAAGCACUUCACCAUUUGAGCUAACACAAAAAUAUACGGUGCAAUUCGUUUUCGGUAUGAGGCCUUACAUUCUAGGUUCAUUUGAUGUUGAGUUUGAUGGUAAUUGUGGUUAUAGAGUUGUAGCAUCAGCUAUGGGAUUUGGUAGGAGUUUUUGGCGAAGAGUUCGAAUAGACCUAAUGAAUGAGCUAAAAAGUAUGCCCCACUUGUACAUGAAACUAUAUGGUAGCGAAAGUAGUGUAGAGAAUAUCAAACAGAGACUAAACCAUUCUGGAUCUACUGCACCACGUAGAAAAUGGAUGUGUAUAACAGAGAUGGGGCAUUUGAUCGCUACUUGCUAUGGAGUUGUUGUGAUAAACUUAUUUGAUAAACAGUGCCUUACCUUUCUUCCUUUGACUGAACACAUUACUGGACGAUUUCAGAACCAAGAAUUGCCUGAAAUUGGAAUUGGUUUUGUUAACGGAGACCACUUUGUGCAGGUGUCUUUGCAAGCGGGAUGCCCAUUACCACCAAUCCCACCAAAUUGGUACCCCCAUGCUAAUGAUAAAGCAAGAUCAUUAUACAAUAGAUACAAGGAUCGUCUGCAUCAAUAUACCCAAAUACCCCAUCCAGAAAGAGUUACUGCUAUUUCCGAAAUUAUAACUCUUGAGACUGAUGAGACUAUGUUUGAAUGA